GAUGAGGGAUGUCAGGAAGGAAGCCUUGGUGUGGUGAAAGAGAUCUUGCCCUGGAUGAAGAGUGUUGAGAUUCAGGAACUUCUCCCUCUACUCUCUGGACUCUCUAGCCAUCCAAGUCUUGCAUGCCGGAAACUUCUCUAUGACCUCCUCUUCUGGAUAUACAAUUACUAUCGGGUAAGAGAGACAGGAGAUGAAUGUGGGAAAGGAAUAGUAUUGAAAGUGAAGGAACUCCUCCUGGAGGCACUAGAGGACCCAGAGCCAGCACUGCAACAGGAGAUCCUUAACUUUUGGUCCAGAGAGGAACAUCUAUCAGUGCCAACAGAUGCCCGUACCCUAGAUCUCCUGUCAAAGUUGUACUCCCCUGCAACGGAGAGUACCUUCCUCUCUCAUGCCACUUAUCUCCUUCUGGAGACGAGUUCUCGUAGCCCCGACUAUCAAGGCCCCCUGUUUCGGGAACCCCUUUCUGAAUGCAUCUUCCAGGAGUAUGGUGUUGAUACAUCAUGGAGACAAAGGCAUGCAUCUCUCACACCUUUGUUUAUUGGGAGUCAGGAACAGUAUCAUCAGAUGGAAGACAUCAUUCCUGGCCAACCUAGGGUUCGAGCCACUCAGCAACCUCAGUUCCUUCAAACCAUGACACAAGGAGAAGGUGCAUUCAGUUGGGUGAGCCAGAGCACUGUGGUUCCAGAAGCAGCAUAUGAAAGGACACCUGAAACCAUGCUGCUCUUUUCACUUCACUCAACACCAUCCUCACAGGGAACCAAACGAAAGCUCAAUUCCAGUUAGGUAAGAGAGACAGGAGAUGAAUGUGGGAAAGGAAUAGUAUUGAAAGUGAAGGAACUCCUCCUGGAGGCACUAGAGGACCCAGAGCCAGCACUGCAACAGGAGAUCCUUAACUUUUGGUCCAGAGAGGAACAUCUAUCAGUGCCAACAGAUGCCCGUACCCUAGAUCUCCUGUCAAAGUUGUACUCCCCUGCAACGGAGAGUACCUUCCUCUCUCAUGCCACUUAUCUCCUUCUGGAGACGAGUUCUCGUAGCCCCGACUAUCAAGGCCCCCUGUUUCGGGAACCCCUUUCUGAAUGCAUCUUCCAGGAGUAUGGUGUUGAUACAUCAUGGAGACAAAGGCAUGCAUCUCUCACACCUUUGUUUAUUGGGAGUCAGGAACAGUAUCAUCAGAUGGAAGACAUCAUUCCUGGCCAACCUAGGGUUCGAGCCACUCAGCAACCUCAGUUCCUUCAAACCAUGACACAAGGAGAAGGUGCAUUCAGUUGGGUGAGCCAGAGCACUGUGGUUCCAGAAGCAGCAUAUGAAAGGACACCUGAAACCAUGCUGCUCUUUUCACUUCACUCAACACCAUCCUCACAGGGAACCAAACGAAAGCUCAAUUCCAGGGCUGAAACAGAAGAAGAAGUCACAAGUGUUAAGAAGCGUUUUGUCAAGAACCUUGGAGAAGAAAAGGACGAGGACAGAGGAUGGAAGGGAAGGGAUGAAUGGAUAUGGAUGAGGAUGGAGAAGCGGAAACGAGCAAAGCAGGAGGAGGAAGAGGAGGAGAAGCGGAAGAGGCGGGAAGGGGAGGUCAUGCUCUAUCGCUCAUAUCGUCAGGGCGAACUCCCUGAUGUCCAGAUUCCCCACUCAGCACUCAUUGCCCCUCUCCAGGCUCUUGCUCAGGUUUCUGUUUUUCAUUCCCCCAUCUUCUGUUGUCAGCUUCCUCUCUUUUGGUGA